UAUCGUUGGCAUCAUAACCUAUUUGUUGUUUGUGUAACUUACUGUUUUUCAUUUUUGCUAAAUAUAGCUCAAUUAAUGAUUACAUAUUAAGUAAAAUAUAUUAGUGUUAACACUUGGCUCAUAAAAUGGCGCCAAUAGUGAAGAAUUCAUUAGAUGACACAGAUUCAGGCUCAGAUUCUGAUAGUGGGUCAAGUGCGAGUCGCAGUAAGAGUCCCAGCCCUGCGCCUGGUAAAGAAGGCAGCCAAUCGAGAUCAGUAUCUCGCAGCCCAGCAAAAUCAGGAAGUGAAUCUCCGAAAUCCAACCGCUCUGCUAACUCCAGGAGAUCUUCAAAUGCAUCCAGAAGCAAGUCUAACUCACCAGCACGCUCUAACAGAUCUCGUUCAGGGUCAGCGCAAAGCAACAAGUCUGGAUCAUCAAGAUCCAAUGCUUCUGGUAGCCCUAAACAAAGAGCUUCAAGGUCCAGAAGUGGUUCUCGAAGGUCUCGGUCAGGUUCAGCAAGUGGACGGUCACGAUCGGGUACCCCUAAAAGCCGUUCAGCUAGCCCAAAGUCAGGACCACAGAGCCCUAAGUCCAGAUCCCAGUCCCCAAAAUCCAGAUCACAGAGUCCUAAAUCCCGUUCACAAAGUCCAAAAUCAAGGUCACAAAGUCCAAAGUCUGGUGCUAAGAGUAGGUCUAGAUCAAAGUCUGCCAGUGCAAGUCCUAAGAGUAGAAAGUCUAGGUCCAGGUCCGGAAGUGCUUCUUCCAAGAGUCCAGCAAGGUCUGAAGCACAUGACAGCAGGUCUAACUCUCCGGGGCUCAUGAUUGAUGAUGCUCAGACUAAGGAAAAGUCGAAGAGUCGUUCCAGAUCUGGGUCGAGACAAUCGAAGUCAAAAAGUCGUUCCCGAUCACGGUCUAAAAGCUCUGAAGCUGAUGUUGGAGAGAAAAAGAAACGUGCAGUGCUCUCCGACUCGGAAAGUGAUGGCGGUACAAAAGCUACUCCCAAACGGAAGAAGGCAGGUUCCGACAGUGGCUCAGAGACCAGUGACAAACCUAAGAAGAAGUCCAAGAAAAUUGUGGACUCUGAUGAUGAUGAAGAGGGGAAGAAGGAAGAGGGAGAUGGAGUAACUGCGGACGCGCUAUUCGGAGACGCGUCCGACAUAAGUACAGAAGAUGAGGGCGGGGCUGACAAAGCAUCAGAGAAGUCUCGGUCUCGCAGCCGGUCGAGGAGCCGCAGCCGUAGCCGAAGCCCCCAGGAGGCACGGCGAUCGGGAGACGAGGCCAGGGCUAGUGGAGAUGAGCAGGAACCUCGUGAAAAACCAGAGGAAGAGGAGGAAGUUGAGAUUCCCGAGACCAGGAUCGAUGUGGACAUGCCCAAGAUAUGGACUGAGUUGGGCAAGGAGCUGCACUUCGUGAAGCUGCCUAACUUCUUGUCGGUGGAAACUAGACCUUAUGAUCCUAAUACAUAUGAAGAUGAAAUUGAUGAGGAGGAAACCCUUGAUGAGGAAGGUCGUGCCAGAUUAAAAUUGAAAGUGGAGAACACAAUGCGUUGGCGCACGGUAUUCGACAAGGAAGGGAACGCGGUGAAGGAGUCCAAUGCGCGCAUGGUGAAAUGGUCCGACGGUAGCAUGUCACUACAUCUGGGGUCUGAAAUAUUCGACGUGUAUAAACAACCUCUACAUGGCGACCACAACCAUCUAUUCGUCCGCCAAGGUACAGGUUUACAAGGACAAGCAGUGUUCCGUACGAAGUUGUCCUUCAGGCCACACUCCACGGAGUCCUUCACUCACAGGAAGAUGACUCUGUCCCUCGCUGACCGGUCUACCAAGACGUCUGCUAUUAAGAUUCUGUCACAAGUUGGAGCUGACCCUGAUGCUGAUAGGAAGUAUCAGUUGAAGAAAGAGGAGAUGGAGCUUCGUGCAGCGAUGCGCUCUCGUGCGUCGACGCGCCCGAAGCGUCGCGGGGGCGGAGCCCGGGCCGCCGCCGGCGGGCAGAGGGACGACUCGGAGGACGAGGGCGGCGUUUCACUCGCUGCCAUCAAGAACAAGUACAAACAGGGACAGAAAGCUUCAGCAGGCGCGGCGAUAUACUCAUCAGAAUCAGACGGUUCUGACGUGGAGACGCGUCGAGCUCGUCGUCUGGACCGCGCCAAGGCACUGAAGGACUCUGAUGAUGAAGGCAGCGACCAUGCAGACCAGAACACUCCUCGAAGGACCAGCAGCGCCAGCGGCUCUGGCAGUGGAAGUGGCAGCGAGUAAUGGACAAUGACCGAAGAAAAAGACAAGGCUAGCAACGCACCUGUGACUCAUCUGGUGUUGCGGGAGUCCAUGGGCGGCGCUGAUCGCUUACUAUCGGGUGAUCUGCCUGCCCUCUAUCAUAAUUAAUUAGAUGAACGCGCGAAACAGUACAGUAAGGAAAUUGACCCGUAUUGUUACAACAGUAAGAAAGAAAUUCCUGUAACUACGAUUUGACUGAAAUAAUAGAACCAUUAACCUGUGAAGUGUCGGAACCCAGAUCUACGCGAGACAAUGUGUUUUCUAUUGCAUCUUAUACAUAUAUCGACAGACAAGAGGUUAAUCUCGGUUUACGUUUUGAUCGUACCGUUAACAUCUUUUAUUAUAAAACUCAUUUAAUGAAUGUAUUGUUUAGUUAAUUCUGAUAAAACAACUAUAUUGUGUGACUUAUACUUUAAAGUUGUGAUUAAGUAAGUUGUAAAUAUAUUUAGUUAUUUAACUAAAUUGCUAUUGUUUUACUUCUAAAAGUCUGCUGUGUCGUUGGUCGAGUACACUUAUAAAUAAUAUACAUCUAUUGACUACUUAGUUUUGGAUUUGAUCCUCUGAGUGGACCUACUAAAGAUGGUAAUUUUUUCACGUUCUGAGAACAGAGUAUUCAAUCUCUGUGUUCCAUUUUCGUGUUUGCUAGAUGGCGCUAGUGUUGAUUUAAGUCCGGCUAGUCCUAUCACAUACAGUAAGAG